AUGGAAGAAAAGACCUCAAAUGAGCUGCUAGUCCUAGCCAGCCUUUACCAGGAAAAGUCAGAAGAGUUCAUGCGGGACUGGAUCCUGAAGGUGCUGGAUCAAGGGGAUGGGAGCAUCAGAGGCACACUAACAGUGAAACAGAAAUCAUCCCUUGAAAAAAAUCAGCUCCUCUUCUGCAAACAGGAAACAGUGAGGAGAGGAGCAGAAGCUGACUAUUGCAGGCAUGCUGGCACUUUACCACAAUCUCACUUAAGUUGCAGCUACUGCCUGAGACCCCAGCAGGGUGGUAGCAGUAGGAGGGAGAAGCUGCAGGAGGGCAGGAGCUCUUACUUGAUGGAUGGCCUGGAGCUCUCUGGCCUGGCAGGGGUUUGGAGCUGGCUGUUUGCUUCUUCCUCUGCGGAUGCCUUUGUGGACACAUGGAUGGCCGCUGAUGACCCGUCUCCUCCCUUUGCUGCAGGUUCUUCUUUCGCCCUUCCACUAAAAAGACCCCAUCUCAGAUGGCUGUGGGAGGGCUCUCUCCCCUCCAGGACCCAUCUCCAGGCCAUGGGAACAUUUAUGCCUUCUUCACCCCUCUGCUGGCAGGAGGAGAGCUCCUUCGCAGCUGCAAAUGCAUUGAAGGGCCCAAGGCUGGUGUCUGGGAAUCCUGGAGGAGCUGUCACCAUCCAGUGCCAUUAUGCCCCCUCAUCUGUCAACAGGCACCAGAGGAAGUACUGGUGCCGUCUGGGGCCCCCAAGAUGGAUCUGCCAGACCAUUGUGUCCACCAACCACUACAUUCACCAUGGCUAUCGUGACCGCGUGGCCCUCACAGACUUUCCACAGAGGGGCUUGUUUGUGGUGAGGCUGUCCCAGCUGUCCCCGGAGGACAUCGGAUGCUACCUCUGUGGCAUUGGAGAUGAAAACAACAUGCUGUUCUUUAGCAUGAAUCUGACCGUCUCGGCAGGUCCCUCCAGCACUCUCCCCACAGCCAUCCCAGCUGCUGGGGAGCUCCCCACGAGAUCCUAUGGAACAGCAUUUCCAGCGGCCAACAGAUGGAACCCAGGAACAACCCAGACCUUAGGACAGGGGACAGCAUGGGGCACAGUUGCUUCAGCUCCAGGAACCAGCAUGACCAGAGCUUCAGCUGAGGGAAGACAAACCUCAGGAGCAACCAGGCCAGCAGCUCCAGGGACAGGCAGCCGGGCAGAGGCUUCUGCCAAAGCACUAGCUCCCAUUCCAGACAGUCCAGCUUCAGAAAGCAGAAGCAUGUCCAAUACAACAGAAGGUGUUUGGGGGGGCACCAGAAGCUCAAUGACAAACAAGGCUAGAGCCAGCAAAGAUGGGAGGGAGAUGACAACCACCAAGGUUGAUAGGCCAAGGGAGGACACAGAGAGGGUCAGCAUAGCUCUUGAAGCAGCCAAAAAGGCCCUAGGAACCAUUAGUCCGCCAGCUCCGGUCUUGGAAACUUUGGCCUGGGAAAUUCUCCCACAGUGUUGCUUAGAAACCAGUGUUUCUAAGCAACAAUCUCUGGGCCCCAUUGGAGAAACAACUCCAGCUGCAGGCGUGUGGACCUUGGGAACCACCAGCAUAGAGGCAGCAUCUGGGGAAGGAAGUGCUGCAGGGGACCUAGAUGCUGCCACUGGAGACAGAGGUUCCCAAGCAACGCCAAGCCAGGCCCUGGCAGUAGGACCCUGGAGGCCCCCUGACAAGGAGUCUUCUGUGAAGAGCGCUUUUCCAGAAGAUGAAAGCAGCUCUCGAACACUGGCUCCCGUCUCUACCUUGCUGGUCUUGUUUAUGCUUAUGGCUCUGGUUCUAUUGCAAAGGAAGCUCGGGAGAAGGAGGACCUCUCAGGAGGCAGAAAGGGUCACCCUGAUUCAGAUGACACGUGUUCUGGAGGUGAACCUCCAACCAGACCAGCUGCCCCAUAUGGAAAGAAAGAUGCUUCAGGGUGACUCUCCUUCUGCUGGGACCAGCCUGACUGCCCCAGAGAGGAAUCCAGGACCCUGAAGGAUGGAAAGAUUAACUGCUCAGUCACCAUGGAAGGAGGACCAAGAUCAAAGGCCUUCAGGACCCUAGCCUCUUUCCAUCAUCCUUCCUCCACCUUUCUGCAGCUGGGGCUCCAACCAAGGAAGAAAAGCUGGCCAUCCUUGGGCACAGGAAAGUCCAGCAUUGUCCACGUCCAAGGUAAAAAUCUGACUCAAAGGAGACUUCAAGAAAGGUGCAUGAAACACUGGAAGAGGUCACCAAGGAAAAGCGUGAAAUGUCCAUUCCUGAAUGUUUGAAAAUAGGAGGGACUCCAAAUCAGUGUGGAAAGUGACAAAUCCUCUCUCAGCACUCCCAGCCCUUGCUGGGGGCCCCUUUUCUGACUACCGUUAGCACUCACAAUUAACUAUAUGUAAGUGUACCUGCCUUGCCUUCUCAUGUAGAUUCUAAGCUCCUUUAGGUCAGUAAUUGUGUUUUAUUCAUCUCAUAAUAUUCCCCAGAGAACUUCCAACUCAUAGGACCCCAAUAAAUACCUGUGGCUGAUUGAC